AUGUCUGACCCGUCGGACCACGUCGUUUCCACGCCAGGAUUCAAGAUGGACCUGCCCAAGUUCUCUGGCUCGCCCGGCACCUUUCAUGCGUGGAGCAUUCGCAUGAAGAUGGCGCUCAAGCUCCGCGGCGACGACGUCUGGGCAGCUGUGGAGGCAGGAGCAUCGUCAUCGGGAGGUCCAAGCUCAGCGACACGCUCAAGUGCAAGGAGACCGACAGCAGGAGAUCACGCCAACCUCACCGCUGCAAACCUCAUCGCGUCCACGCUCUCAGGUUACCCCCUUCUCCUCUUCACCAACGGAGAAGCAGACGUCAACGCCGGCCAAGGAUGGGCCCGGCUCAAGGACCACUACGCUUCGCAGGACCGCCUCCGCAUCGCAGAGCUCAAGGAGGCGCAGCUUCACGUCCCCUGCGGCAACCUCGCCCGCUUCUUCGAGCGACACAUGGAGCUGCAGCAGCAGUUGCAGGACGCAGGCGUGCGCCAGGACAACGAGGACCUCUUCACCAUCGUCUGGAAGCAGCUGCCACGCUGGACAGCCCCGCUCACGCUUCCCUACUUUGCCAGCGGAAGACGCGGCUUCUCCAACAACAGCAACAACCACGGACGCCAGGGACGCAACAAUGGCAACAGCAACGGCAACAGCAACGGCAAGGGGCGCCGCUUCCGUGGCAACUGUCACUACUGUGGCAAGUAUGGACACCGUGCAGCAGAGUGUCGCAAGAAGCAACGCGACAACGGAGCAACAGGCUUCACUGCACAGGCACAGCAUCAACAUGGUCAAGACGCAGCAACCUUCGUCGCUGCCACAGCUACUACACCCACGCAGCUGCAUGACCCACUCACGUGGCUUGCAGACACGGGUGCUUCACACCACCUCACCUUCGUCAAGGACGCCUUCGUGGAGCUGACACCGCACCUGCAACAGCACCAUCCACGCCACAUCACUGCGUUUGGCGGCACACGUGUGCCCGUGCGCGGUGUUGGCUCUGUGCUGUUGCAUGCACGCACGACGAGCGGAGCCAGGAUGCAGAUUGUGCUACAGGAGUGCCUCUACGUGCCCGAGGGCCAGGCCAACCUCAUCGCCCUCGGUCGUCUGACCAGGGACAGCAGCGGCAGGCCAACGGGCCACUCGCAGCGUGAUGGCGCUGAUGGGCACUACGUGCGCUUCAGCCACGGAGCCGAGGUCAAGCUGAAGGAGCGCAACAGCCUCCGGUGCUGGCCCAUUGUUGCUGUUGGUCCAUCCACGGCACACGGUCUCACCGCCGAUGCCUGCAAGCAACCACAGCAACCCGCAGCAGCUCCUGCAGCCCAGAGCAAGGCGCACACACCAUCGAUGCAUGAGGUGCUUGGCCACCGCAACGACAACGACGUGCAGCAGUACUGCAAGCUGAUGGGCAUCGACGAUCGCAACGCCAUCAGCAGCAAGCAGUGUACAACGUGCGCAGUCACCAAGAGCACUCGUCACAGCGUCAGCAAGCACGCGGAGCGCACACAGGUGCCCGGCGAGCGCAUCCACGCCGACAUCGUCGACUGGACCGCGGACUCACCCACGGGCAAGCGCUACAGCCUCGUCAUCGUCGAUGAGGGCAGCAAGCUCCUGCAUGCAGUCCAUCUCAAUGCCAAGAAGGACGCAGUUGCCGCGUUCCAGUCUUUCCUGCGCGAGACCAAGCUCCCCAUCUCACCCACAACAACAGCACUCCAGACGGAUUCCGAUGCCAUCUUCCUCGGAGCUGACUUCCAGGCCAUCGUCAAGAAGCACCUGAAGCAGCACCAGCAGUCCCCGCCGUACACCCAGGCGCAGAAUGGCAUCGUCGAGCGACAGGUGCGCACCCUCUCCGACAUGGUGCGAGCCAUGAUCACGGACGUCAGCUUCGCGUGCGGACUGCUCUGCCGUUACAUGGACCGUUACACGACGGUCCACUGGCAGGCAGCCAAGCACGUCGUGCGGUACCUGAAGGCGACGAGCGAGCACGGCCUCCUCUACAAGCGACGCAGCGGCACGCGCAAGGACCAGCCGCUGGACCUUGUGUGCUACAGCGAUGCCAGCUUCGGAACGGACCAGCUGACGGGCCGCUCCACGACGGGCUUCACCUGCUACAUCAACGGCUGUCUUGUGUCUUGGAGCAGCCGGCUGCAACCCACGGUUGCGCUGAGCACCGCCGAGGCCGAGUACAUGGCCAUCUCCGCUGCAGCGCAGGAUGUCGUCUUCCUGCGGCAGCUGCUCAUGGACCUCGACGAGCCCGAGGCUGGAGCCACCAAGAUGCUGACAGAUAACCAGGCGGCCAUCGCCAUCGGCAACGACCACGUCACCAAGCCGCGCACGAAGCACAUCCGGGUACGCCACCACUUCGUGCGGGAGCUCAUCGCCGACGGAACCAUUGUGCUGCAGCACUGUCCCGGCACGCAGAUGGUUGCCGACGCGCUGACAAAGGCACUAGACAAGCAGACCUUCGAGCAGCACCUGCCACGACUGGUGGGAACUUCGACGGCUGAGGCGGAGCAGAGGAAGGCAGUUGAGGGGGAGUGUUGA